UCCUCGGCCUCGACAGAGCCGCCUCUGCCAUCGCUGCUUGUAGCCAUGGACCUGCGAGCGGAGCUGCUGAAAUCCAUCUGGUACGCCUUCACUGCCCUGGACGUGGAGAAGAGCGGCAAGGUCUCCAAAUCUCAGCUCAAAGUGCUGUCUCACAACCUGUCCACGGUGCUGUGCAUCCCCCAUGAUCCCGUGGCGCUGGAAGAGCAUUUCCGCGAUGAUGAUGAUGGGCCGGUGUCCAGCCAGGGUUACAUGCCGUACCUCAACAAGUACAUCCUGGAUAAGGUGGAGGAAGGUGCUUUUGUCAAAGAAAACUUUGAUGAGCUCUGCUGGACCCUGACGGCGAAGAAGAAUUACAAGCCCGACCGGAACGGGAAUAGUGUUAUAUCCCACCAAGAUGCCUUCAAGCUCUGGUGUCUCUUCAACUUUCUGUCUGAAGACAAAUACCCUCUCGUCAUGGUGCCAGACGAGGUGGAAUACCUGCUGAAGAAGAUCUGCACGGCCAUGAACGUGGAGCUGAACUCCUGCGAGCUGGAUGAUUACCUCUCCCAGGAGCCGCAGGGGCAGGGGGGGCUGACGGUCUGGCAGUUCCUGGACUUGGUGAACUCGGGGCGGUUCCUGCGAGGCAUCGAGCAGGAGGCCGUCAGCAUGGCCGUGGAGGAGGUGUACCAGGAGGUCAUCGAGGAUGUGCUCAAACAGGGCUACCUCUGGAAGAAGGGCCAGCUGAGGAGGAACUGGUCAGAGCGGUGGUUCAUGCUGAAGCCCAGUGUCCUGUCUUACUACAUGAGCGAGGAACGGAAGGAGAAGAAGGGUAGCAUCGCGUUGGACAAGCACUGCUGCGUGGAGAUGCUGCCCGACCGGGAUGGGAAGAGGUGCAUGUUCUGCGUGAAGACCUCCUCCCGCACCUACGAGAUGAGUGCCUCCGACACCCGGCAGCGCCAGGAGUGGACACUAGCCAUCCAGACGGCCAUCCGGCUGCAGGCUGAGGGCAAGAAGUCCCUGCACAAAGACCUGAAGCAGAAGCGACGGGAGCAGCGGGAGCAACGGGAGCAGCGCAAGGCAGCCAAGGAGGAGGAGACGCAGCGGCUCAGGCAGCUCCAGGCGGAGGAGGAGCGGAACCCACGGGGUUUGGAGGAGUUUGGUCCCGCUCCUGCAAUAAUACUGCUGCCACCCAUCACCUCCGGGCUCCUGGGGGCUGUGUGUGACCCGGGGACGAGGGAUGGAGGGGUCAGCACGGCCAUGCGUGAGAUACCCGAGGAGCAGGAGAUGAGGACAACCUGUCCCGGGGUGCAUGAAGCUGGGGAGCAGGCUCGUGCCUCCAUGCAGGCAGAGAUGGUUCUGAAGGAGGCAGAGGCAGAGCGUCAGCGUAAGCGCAUCCUGGAGCUGGAGGACAUGCAGGAGCGUCUCCAGGAGGCCCUGCAGCAGGAGGUGAAAGCUCGGCAGGACGAGGAGUCUGUGAGAUACGCACAGGCCAGGCUGCUGGCUGAGGAAGAGGAGAAAUUGAAGCAGCUGAUGAAGCUGAAGGAGGAGCAAGAGGAAUAUAUUAUCAAAACUCAGCGGGAGAAGCAAGUCCUCAAGCAGGAGAUGGAGAACAAGAACAAGUGUCUGGAAGAGGCGCAGAAGCAGCUGGAAGAAGUGAGAGUGAACAGGCAGCGGGUGGACCAAGACGUCAUGGCGGCCCAGCGGAAGCUGCGACAGGCCAGCACCAACGUCAAGCACUGGAACGUCCAGAUGAACCGACUGAUGCACCCCAUCGGGCCGGGAGACAAGCGUACGAAUGUGAGUGGAGGAGGUUUUGCUGGCUACCAAACCCUCCUCUCCCGGAGAGAUUCCUCCCUCAAACUCAAGCAGAAAGUGGAGGAUAAAGGUAGCGACACCACAAGGGACAACAGCAAGGAAAACUUGAGCAACGGAGGGAACAGCGGCGUGCCGCCGUCUCCGGAUGCGGACACCAUUGCCACAGAGCCCACCAACUAGCCUAGCGGGAUGGCAGAGCCCAGCGGGGAACUGUGGGGUCCAGCAGGUCCCUCUGAGCGGACACAGUCAAUACAGCCAUCUCUGGAUGGAGACACGUGGGGACCAGCACAGAGCCUAUAGGUGACUACGUAUAAGGCAGAGAAGCUCCCAU